AUGGAGUCGGGCUCCAACUUCAACUCCUUACCUUAUUUUGAUCUUAGUUUUCUUAAUUUUCCAGGAAUAUCUGCUGGUGCUAAAGUUGCUUGGAGAUCUUUAGCUUACCCUAAGUCUGAAGGUGGAUUAGGUCUCCGUGACAUUGAAUCAUGGAACAACGCUUGUGCUCUGAAAUUGUUUUGGAUGUUGUUUUUCCGUGCUGGAUCCAUCUGGGUUGCUUGGAUCAGAAACAUGUACCUUUCUACAUCUCCUCUUUGGGCUUUGAAUGAAGAAAAUGGCUCUUUGUCGUGGAUGUUUAGAAAGGUUCUGAAGCUUAGGCGUAAAGCUCUUCAGUUUCUGAGCAUAAAAUUUGGAAAUGGCGACUCAACUUUCUUUUGGUGGGAUCCCUGGACUCCCUUUGGGCCGCUUUCACUGUAUUUGGGUGAAGAAGGUCCUUCUUGCCUUGGUAUCCCUAUUUCUGCAACCGUUUCAGAUGUAUGGAGUGGAAAUGGAUGGCUCUUACCUCCGGCUAGAUCUAAUCGUCAGGUUCUACUUCAUGCUUACUUAAUGGGUAUCAGCUGCAAUUCUAGCAUCGACAUGCCUAUUUGGUCAGUCAAUGGUAUCCCAAGGAAAUCAUUUUCUUUAAAGGAUGUUUGGAAUGGGAUCCGUGACUGCAAAUCUGAAGUGUUUUGGGCACCUCUGCUUUGGCACAGAGCUGGACUUGGUCGACAUCAGAUAACUACUUGGCUCUUUCUUCUCAACAGAAAUCCAACUCUAGAUCGCAUCUCUUCUUGGGGCUAUGAAACGGAAGGGGUCUGUUUGCUGUGUGGUUCUGCUUUGGAAUCACGUGAUCAUUUGUUCUUCGAGUGUUCUUAUUCUGCUUCAAUUUGGCGUAAGCUUAUGGGUCAUUUGAGUUUCAGUAACAUCCCAAUCCAUUGGAAUCAAAUUCUGCACUGGUUCCAAGUAGUAGCUUCAGAUGAACCAACUAAGCUUGCUCUGCUCAGGGGUGGCAAGGAGCAGUGUAUGAAAUUUGGAAAGAGCGUAAUAGACGCUUGCAUGAUGGGAUUACUCUUCCCUUUGAAAUGGUCUUCAGGAUUAUCCUUCGAGAUGUGA